AUGCAUAAACCGAUCUCACCGGUGAAAAGGCCUCCUUCAGGUCACCUUGGUGAAAGGUCUCCUAGGAAAAAGCGGGUGGUCGAUCAAUUGGAUGAGAUGUCGUCGAUCAAGUUGAGAUCUCCCAUGAAGCGAUCCAUGAAUGACCUCAACAAGCAGGCCCUUAGAAUGGCUCUUCAAAUCAAAUUCAGGAAUAUUGUUGGCGAAAGUUAUGGAGAUGAAGAAGAUAAAGAGAUUAUAGAAGAUGAAGAUAAAGCAUUGGCGGAUAAGAUCAUAGAACUGAGUAAAAGAGAUGGAUAUGAGCCUAUGCAUUUAGAAGGAGAGAAUAGCGACGACGAUAAUGAAGUUCGAGAUGCUACUAUAGGGGUGGAUAACUUUCGAUUAUCAUCUCCUGUGUCACCAAUCUCUCUAUCACCUACACACAGUUCUCAAAAAAGAAGAGAACGACGAUCUACAGCCAAAUUUCAAGAUCUCAAGAUUGCUUCACCGGUGAAACUCAUGAAAAUCCCUGACUUAGACGGAAAAAAGGAUGCUCUUUUGAAUGAAGAUGUUGGCGGUGGAGUGAAAUCUUUGUUCUAUGAUGGUUACGAAGGAUAUUUUGAACAGCAGAAGUUGAAAGUCAAAAAAUUGUCUGCACAGUCAAUGACUAUGGCUCCUCAAAUCUCCUACGAUCAGUUUCAUCGCUACAACAAAUUAAUGGACCUAAUCUGUGAAAAUCAACUCAAUAAUUUGAACCUUUACUACCGUCAGCAGUAUACGCAAUGGCUUUUUGAGCUUGAGGAAGGGUUCAGUCUUAUGUUCUACGGGGUGGGUUCGAAGAGGCUGCUGCUGUUGGAUUUUGUGAGGAGUUUUUUGCUGGCUAGACUACCCAAGAGCACCAAAUGUAUAGUUGCUAAUGGCUACAACUCGGAAUUGCAUCCUCGAACGUUACUCAAGACAAUAUGGAAGAUCAUGUUUAAUAAGAGACCGACCACGUGGCAUAUGGUGGACUCUGUAGGAGAUCUAAAGAAUGAGUUUAAUAGAUACGUCGAUGAAAAGCGAUUGGUUUUAGUGUUGAACAAUAUCGAUGGCGAAUCAUUGAGACAGGACAAGUAUCACUAUAUAUUGAGCGAGCUUAGCAGUAUAUCACAGAUAUACUUUGUGUCCUCCAUGGAUAAUAUGAGUACUCCCUUAUUUUGGAAUUCCUCAAUGAUGUCCAGUUUCAACUUUAUCUGGCAUAACGUGUCCACAUACAAACCUUACACUACCGAAAUCAGUUUUAAGGAUCCUCUCAGUAUUGGUAAAUCAAGUGACUUUAUCGGUUCUAAGGGUGCUAAGUACGUGUUAAGUUCCUUAACUUCGAAUGCAAAGAACUUGUACAAAAGUCUCCUAAUCCAACAGUUGGAGAAGAUCGAUUCGUCAUUGACAUCUGAUCAGGAUAUGGAAAAUAGAGGUCCAAUCAAGGGUAAUAUCAAAUUUCCGAUUCUCUUCAGAGACUUUUACGAGUUCUGUGUUGAAGAGUUUAUUACAUCCAAUGAAAUCUCCUUCAGAACUGUACUACAUGAGUUCGUAGAGCAUAGGAUGUGUAAUUUGACUAGAAAUACGGCAGGAACAGAGGUGUUGUACAUCCCCUUUACAGUAGAUGAAAUGGAGAAGAUUCUCCAAGAGGAGUUAUUAGAUAACUAG